AUGGUUUAUCUUCCUUGGAGGGUGUGGAUUUUCCCUCUCCUGGUUCCAUUAUCUCCUCUCCCUGGUAAGAUUGGGGUUUAUCUGAAAACCCUAGAUGUUGGUAUACGCUUUCCGCUAACGGAUUUCCAGGAGGUGGUCCUCCAAAAAGAUGGUUGCAGCCUCCAGAUGUUGACCCCUAAUGCAGUUAACAAAGUGGUUUUGUUUGAAAUGAUCUAUUGGGCCAAUGGGUAUCUUCCGGAUUACUUCGUCUUCAAGUUUUUCUUCCGUUUCUGUGCUAACGGAGAUAAAUGCACUUUCUCGGAGCUGGUUGGGAGUGGUCGCUACCGUGCCAACGUUUUCGCCGAUAUCGCCCCUAAACUCUUUCCCCAUAACCAAGGUGUCACUGACUACUUGAAGGGUGUGCAGGAAAUUGUGCUAGUGGUUGCGGUUGAUGCGGGGGAGAAUGGUAAGGAUGGUGAGCCUGGUGGUGAAGGUGAUCGUGGUGUUGGAGCAGCUUGGCGCAUUCCAGAUUUUUCACGCUUUUCCUCCAGGACGUCCAAAUUUAUCCUUAGGUUUUUAGCAUUGCUUUCCUCGUCCUUAUUGGUCACCCUUAGUGUGCUCACUGCCACCUCCAUGGGAAGCAUGGCCUCUGUCCCGUACGUCAGACUGAAGGGUGUUUCCUUCGUACUUGUUUGUGGUGUAGUCUUGUACGACCACAGUACCGUCGGUAUCUGA